CAUCAGCACCGAAGCAGCUCCGGAGGUGCAGCCGGCUCCGGGAAAGCUUCUUCCCUCUCGGACUGUAGACACGGCUGUUUUGAGGCUUUCAACUCCCGUGCGACAAGAAAGCGAUUAAUUCCUCGAUUCCUCGGUCUAUUCCAUGCUCGCAGGGGGCUGUCGCUACCCGGCUGCUCCUCUGUGUCGCUGCUGCUCCGCGGGUACCGCCGGGGGAGGAGGAGGAAGAGGAGGAGGAGGCGAAGGAGGGGUUGAUGCCAGCGAGGUCCUGCGGCCGCAGCCGAGCCGGGGGCACGGAUCGUGUGUCGCUCGGGGUCUGGCGGCUGCUGCUCGUGGCUCUCGUGGUUGGUUUGGCCGCUUCGUCCGUGUUUUCAGAAGGACAGCUGAGUGUCCGGGUGGAGAAAAUGGGGACCCACUGCCCAGCACCAUGAGGACGAACCACUGCAGCCACCUGCCUGGAAUCCCUCCGGAGUGCCCUCGCCCUCCAGCCCCUGAUGGUGAUGGCAAGAGCCUGCCCAGCAGCAGCGGGGACCUGGCCACCAGCUGUCCCCAGUAUGUCAUGCAGGUGUCCUCCAAGGAUGGGCAGCUGCUCUCAUCUGUCGUGCGGACCCUCGCUGUGCAGAGCAGCCCCUUCAAUGACAGGCCCAUUUGUAGGAUCUGCCAUGAGGGCAGCAGCCACGAGGAGCUGCUGUCCCCCUGCGAGUGCACAGGGACGCUGGGGACCAUUCACCGCAGCUGCCUGGAGCACUGGCUGUCAUCCUCCAACACCAGCUACUGUGAGCUCUGCCACUUCAGGUUUGCAGUGGAGCGCAAGCCCCGGCCACUGCUGGAGUGGCUGAGAAGCCCAGGCCCCCAGCACGAGAAGAGGACUCUCUUUGGGGACAUCGUGUGCUUCUUGUUCAUCACCCCGCUGGCGACCGUCUCUGGCUGGCUGUGCCUGCGAGGAGCCAUGGACCACCUGCACUUUAGCAGUAGGCUGGAAGCUGUUGGCCUCAUUGCACUCACUGUGGCACUCUUCACUAUUUACCUCUUUUGGACCCUGGUGUCCUUCAGGUACCACUGCCGGCUGUACCACGAGUGGCGUCGAAACAAUCAGCGGGUGAUGCUCCUCAUCCCAAAAUCUGCCAACGUCCCCUCCACCCAGCAGUCCCUGCUGGGCCUGCAGCCCCUCAAAAGGAGCUCCAAGGAGACAAUCGUGUGAUUUGGGGUGGAACUGUACACUAAAGAUGUUUUUUUUCUCACUCGUUGGGGUCGGUUGGGGCAGCAUCCAGCACCCAGGAAUGUGCAAUUUGAAUCACAGUUAGAAUUCAAGUAAUGGAUGCUGCAGUCAUUUGAGCCAUUUGCUAAGCUGCCAAAUGUGUUUAGUUAGCAGGGACCCUAUGGAUUCUGCAUAUAUGUUAGUUGUUGCAUCAUCAAGUGAUGCAAACUUUUUUGUUAGAAGUAUUAAACUAUGGUCAUUAACAAUGCAAAACAGGUUUAAAAAGUCCUUUGCUUUUAUGAUUUCUUCUUCCAACAGUACUGUUUCUUUAGGCAGCUGGACAGUAACCAAUAUUUCUUUCUGCUUCCUAAAGCACAGCAAUGGCAUUUCCUCAUUUGAUUUUAUCUGCAGAUCCAUUAUACCAAUGUUUUGAUUAUUAAAACUUGCGUGUAACGAGCUCUACAAAUUGGCACUUAUUUUUUAAAUGCUACAAAGUGAUUAGAAAAUUGUACUACACAUUUCCUAUUUGGCAGUCAACGUCUGACAGGAAGAUUUUUGUUAGGAAUCUAGCAUGCACAAGAGAAGAAUUAGACAAAUUGCAAUAAUGUUCCUGUCAAAAGUAUUAUAGUACAUAGCACUCAGGAAAAAAAUAUUGUACUUCUCCAUGAAGAAGCACCACAUUCUUCGGUGAAGUGCACGUUCUGCUGGUGGGAAUUCAAACUUCGCCAAUUUAUCCUACAUUUACACCAGGCUGAAUUUAACUCUACAGCUUACUUUUGUAUAAUGAAAGCUCCACAUACAUAAUGAAUGAGAUUAUCAGAUAAGUUUUAGGAAGCAGGGACUCAUCUUGCAUGAAGAACAGCAUUAUUUUAAUGCACCAGAAACUCCAGAUUGACAAGUAGGAUUUGGAAUACACAGUCUUCUAUGGUGACCAAAUUGAAUCUGGGGUGUAAAGAUCAGACCUUAUUCCUGGGUGAUUUUAUCUGCUUCCCCUUGGUUUUAUGCCCAAUUCAUUCAGCCAUUCUUCACUCACAGAAGAGACACACUUAUGUAGACAGACUUAUUUUAAAUAACUACACAAAAUCUCAUUAUCAAAUGCUGCUAGAAUUAGAAAUUGAUAGAGACCCUUUGAACAGAUAAAUUUCUUAGAAUUGUUCAUGGAUGGCCAUACCACUAUGUGCUUUGUUUUCCAAAUGCUGCAGGAACUGAAAAUCAAAGGAAGACAUAGCAGGAAGGCUAAUAAUUUGUUAAAGUUCAAGAUGCUAUGGGUAUUUACCAUCAGACAAGAAGUUAUUUGAUAUUUUGUGUGUUCUCUGUGAGGGGAAAAGUUUAGUACACAAAGCCAAAUCUGUUAAGUUUCUUUAUUCUUUCUGUGGACCAGUCUAGCUGUGAGCAUGUUAUUUAACAAUGUUCUUUGUAACUAUCAGUCAUGGGGAUAGGAGAAUCAUGGGGAUAUAAAGCAAUAACAGCCUCAUUCCAACAGAAAGGUACAGAAAGCCAAGGUGUGCAGGAAAAUCAUGAACCUGCAGAUCUGUACUCAUCAGUCUGACAAAGCUGGGGUUGCUCAUGUUUGGCUGUGAAUAACUGUUUCUGUUCUAGAGAAAACUAUACAAGGCUCUGAAGAUAAGUAUACCACAAUCUCUCUGAUAGCCUAAAACAUGUAGUGUUGUUGUGUGGUUUUGUUUUGUUUUGGUUUUUUUAAUAUACCUCUUCCCAAAGGUAAAUAACUAUUUGGAAUGAAGACUGAAAAUGCACUUAAGCAGAAUUCCAGAUUAAAAAAAAAAAAAAAAAAAAAAAAAAAAAAAAAAAAAGCGCUGCUGGCCAAGGGCAAAGAAAUAAAGCAAACCUAGCUGGGUCAGGAUGUCAGGAUGUUGUCAGUGUUUUAAUGCCUGCACAUAUACUUUAGGUAAACUUUCUUCAGAACUUUAUUACUGCUCUCAAAUUCUUUGAAAGAAUUAUUAGUGAGGGCUAUUUUUGGCUUUGCCUCAUGAAACCAAAAAUCAGGGUGAUACAGAAUUAAGUGGCAAAACAUUCAGGGAAAUAUUUAUUCAAGUGAAGCUGUAAAGUCUAUGCACAGAGAUCAGCACAGUGGUUUGGCCCAGCUCAUUUGUAUUAUUUCAAUUUUUUUUAAAAUUCUUUUUGUGUGUGUGUGUAAAUACAUCUUUCUUUACCUGAAGAAGGCAUACUGUAGCAGACAGAGAGAAAAAGUAUGGUCCAGUUUAGCUCAUACAUUACUAACCCAGCCUCUGUGCUUGAUGCAGCAGCACAGGACUGUCUGGUGAAGUCACCAGCAGCAGUGUCUCAGAUUUUCUUGAGGAAAAAGUGUCAGGAAAGAUCCAGUCAGACACUUACCAUUGCAUUAAACUCAUGAAAAAGAAGCAUACUUGUAUUAUUCCUUGUUUUUCCUAAAACACAAGAACUGGGACGUGAGAAGUAUUACUUCUUAAUCCCACUUCUGCUCUAAAAAUUUACAGACAGGAGAAUUUGCCAGAUGGGAGCUGAUUUUUCUUCCAUGAGUUGAUGCUGUAAAUGCCACACCAAGCCAAAUUUUCCAUUAAAAAACUGGAUAAUUACAGCAAGUAUUCUACAACAGCAGCAACUCUCUGAAUAGAAGCAGAAGCCAUAGCCAGCAAAGCUCCUGGCAGUAGAGGACACCUUUUUUAUGCUCUCCUUAAAAAACCAAAAUUAAUUAAAGAGCAUAAUGACAGGAUGACUAACCACCUUUUUAUUUUUUUUAAUGUCACUCAACUUCCCUCCGAGCAACUUUAUACAUUCUUCUCAUGCAGCUGACCUUGUAAUUUACAUUCCUUUUCCAGAUAAGAAGAUAUAUAGAAGGAAGAGUAUUCAACAGUAUUUGAGCCAGUAUUUUAAGUCGCAAAUGAUAAAAGCAGCCUCUCCUGAUUCAGUGUGAUGAGUGUAAUGCAAAAUGAGGUAGCUUUACUUUUUAAAUAGUCUUUUCCCUGCAGGACUUGCCUAUCACAUUACAUAGAGAUUGAGAAAUACCCCAGAAGGAAGUCACAAGAGAAGCAAUUAUUAAAGAUACUUCAGUUUUUGGUGUUGUUAAGGAUUUUUUUUUCUUUUUUUCUGCCAGACUGAGACCUCAAAAUGUAAUUUACAUUUCAUUUAUUUAAACCAGCUUUGCACCAAUACAAAGUGACACAGGGAAUAGUGACAGCUCUGCAUAAAGGGACUGGAGCCAAUAUUUGCAACUGGCCUUUGAUGCAACAGGUACUAUCAGAAAGAGGUACGAAAACAGAUACUGGGACAGACUCACACACUAAGUGAGCUAAAGAAGCUCUCCAUAUGAAAAAAAGAAAAAAAAAAAAAACAAACAAACCAAACCAGUUAAUAAUUAAAUAUCUUGUUACUUUUUGUGACAUGGCUCUUCAUUUAACACAGAACUGGUUAAUUAAAGAAGCAUUUUCCUUGCAAGCAGAACUGAGCCCUGCCUCUUUACUGCCAAUUACUCAAAAGUAUGUUUAAAAACUACAAUGCACACUCACAGAAUCACACAAUUUUUAAUGUUGGAAAGAUGCAUUGAGUCCACCCACUAACCCAGCACUACCAUGUUGACCACAAACCCUGUCCCCCAGUGCCACAUUCAUGGGUUUUCUGAACAGUCCCAGGGAUAAUUCCACUCCUUCAGUGAAGAAACUUGUCCUAAUAUCCUGUUUAAACCUUGCCUGGAGCUGCAGGUUGGCUUUGUGUGACCCAAGGACAGGACCCAGCAUUUCUCCUGGUUGUACCCCAUCCCACUGGCCUCGUCCCAUGUACCCAGCCUGUCCAGACCCCUCUGCAGAGCCCUCCUGCCCUGCAGCAGAUCCACACUCCAAUUUAGUAUUAUCUGCAAAUCUACUGGGGGAACACUCCAGAUCAAUAAAGAUAAAUUAUAACCAGAGCUUGUUGCAACACAGUAUGUACUGAUGAUGAGACCUCACUAAUCCACUGUGUUAUUCCACAUUUCAAAGUUGGUUUCACAUGCAUUUUCACAUGAGACAGCCUUAUCAAAAAUCAAGGGUUACAUCUUUCAGUCCUUAACAUGAUUUUAGGUCUUAAAUCUUUUCCUGACGGCCUCUCCACACCUGCUUGUGGCAAGGCAACAAAACACUUGUCCUCCCUUUGGUGCUGUUGAAAGCUUACAGAACUGAUGGGAAUUUUCUUUAUUCUAAGUGUACCAAGUACUUUCCCAAUAAAACUUGUCAAAAUAGAGAAUAAAUGUUGAUACUCUAUGUACAACAUGCCCUUAGGAACAACAAUAAAAACACACCACCCUCAAAAACAAGACGCUGUAGUUGCAGGGGAAACCAAUAUCACAGUUUCAUGCCAUGGCUUCUAUUAUUAUUAUG